AUGGCGGAGGAGGAGGAAGAGAGGCGCAAGGAGCGAGCAAGAAGGCAAGAGGAGGAGUUCGGCUGUGCUAUUGCUGGCGGCUUCGAGAAGGGCGACUUCGUACUGGCCCAGAACAACAUGUCUGUGAAUGGGGAGAUCAUUAAACCCUUUAAGCCCUAUAAACCCUCAAAACCCUUGAAAACCCUAAAAACCCUAAACCUCGAUCUCAGGUCUGUGAACGGGGAGAUCAUUGUCAAGAAGGGCACGCGUGGGGUGGUGAGGCCUCAUCUGCUUGCCCAAUGGCGGCUUCGGGAAGUUUAG